AUGAUGAAAACUAACCAUUCAAACGUACGAACCAGUUUUGUGUACAGCAAGAAAGUGAACGAACUCACAGAGAAAGUUAUUUUUUUGGCCAAGAGCUUAUCACACUACAGGAAGAAAUAUGUGACGUUUUUGAAGGGGAGGAAGUGCGAGGUGGGGGGCGAAAGUGGAAGCUACACGGGGAGGGGGGACAUACGAAAGAGCAGUAUAAGUAGGAGCGGCAACAGCGAGACAGGCGGGGGGGGGAAAGGAAGACAGGAAAAAAAACACCACGCAGUGAAGCGCGCAAAAUGGAAUGAAGAAAGCCGAGCAGGAUGCAGCUUUUUCCACGUCUUCACCAGCUAUGAAGAGUUCGUUCACGACCUACUGCACUUGUGCAGCCACGAAACGGACAUAUACAUUGAAUUUCUGUACACGUUGAUAAUUAACAGCGAGCUGUUUAAUCACUUCCUCUACAUAUGCACAUUCACAAGUGGAGACAAGGACGACCGAUUUCUGCUGCUAAUUUAUAAGCACUUUUUAAUCCUCGUUGAGUAUUACUUCUACUUUAACAACUGCCACUAUUUCAACGAGCUGUAUCGUAGCUUGAAGGGGAUUUACGACAACAAGGAUGUGUGUGAAGCGGGCCUGCGGGCCCCCCCGAGGCGGUGCGCCUUUCUGCGGGAAAAUGAUAAAAACUGCCUGACUGGUCAGGCAAAAUAUGAACAAAACGGUCCCACCUCUCGGACGGAAGGAGAAAACAACUUCUUGUUCACCUACCCGAGCGAAAGCAGCGAUUUUGUAAAUUAUGAACACAGCGGUGGAAGAAAGAAAAAAGGCGAAGUGAAAAACGGGAGCAGGAAGACAAAUCGCUGCAGUUUUGAAGUGAACGAAAGUGGUAACACCUUUAAAGAGACAGAUAAGCACCUUCUCAGUCAGCUCAACGUGUCCAGUUUUACGAAGGGGGUAGAGGAGAGAGCCGCUAACGAUGCACGUGGCGAAGCAAAGUGCCAUGGCAACACAGUUAAGGCGGAGGAAAGCACCCAUUCAAGGGCAAUUUUAAGUAAUUUCCUUUCCCACGCUUCGAGCGGUGCGGAUGGAGACAUCCCAGGUGACUUCCAUUGCAAUUACCACUACAACUGCGAUGAUGGGGAGAAGAAAAAGAAACACGUUUGCCACCGAGAAUUGGCUCACCCAUCGAAUGCAAACUUCAAUGUGAACGAUUUUUAUAAAUUAAAAAACAUGUUUUUAAUGUUUAACAAGUUGAAUUAUGAGCAUCUGUACAUCCUGCUGUAUUUUUCCCUGUCCAUUUUGCCCACCCUUUUUCACGUGUACCUCACGAGGGUGUUAACAACGCGGAGGGAGGAAUCGCGCAUCAGCCCCUACCUCAUGUACGUAGCCAAAAGGAUAAAGGAGCGCUCCACUCGUUUCUUCAAAAUUGACUGUAACGGUACAGCGGGGGAGAGGGGUUACUGUGCGGUUUCCCCUAGAGGAGAGGCUCACAAGGGGGUGGACAGCACUGGCCCGAUUAACAAUAGGCAUCUUCUCAAGGGGGAUGUGCAAAGGGGCGUUCGAAGUGAUGAACAGCGGGGGGAGCAGCGAAAGGGUGCCCACACCGUUUGGGACGAACCGAAUGACAAGCUGUGGGAGCACAUUGACCGCCUGGACGUGCAGGCAAAGCUGGACGCGCUGAGAAGCGGAGGGGACGCCAGCAGGGAUUACUCCGCCGAAUUUAGGAGAAACAUAAACUUGUUGCACGCGUUCGAAAUUAAGGGCGACUUUGAAAGUCUGAACUAUGAGGUGGUGGAGGAGCAGAAGGAGGGGGGUGUCAAAGAUAAGAAGCGGAGUGGCAAUGAUAAGAAGCGGAGUGGCAGCGAGAACAAACCAGAUGGGAACCCACACAGGCAUGCACGGAGGCGCGCGAACGAGGCGAGCCCCGCCAAUCAGCAGAACGGCAUUUCCGGGGGAGCCAAGGGAGGACGAGACGGCACAACACACGCAGGUCCACCUAACCAAACGGACGAAGUGGACGAAACAGCCUCCAUCCAGAGCGUCCCUCUAAAGUCAAAGGAGCGCACCCCCGUGUACGAUGCGGGGAGAGAACUGCAGGAGGUUUUAAAAAGGAACCUACGGUGGAAUAGAAUCCACUCGUUUUACCUGAGCGAAGUGAAAACUCCUCGCGGGUUGCAAAACGCGCGCGGGUUGCAGGACUUUAUAAAAAGCAUAAGCAUUAUUUGUAGUGAGCAGUUUUUCUCCUUUUACAUGAACAGGAUAGACAUGAAGAAAUCAACCGAGGGAGAUUACCACCUUCUACACGCGCACAAGUGCAGCAGCGCAUCGAUGAAGCAGAAGACGGAAGAGGAGGCACAUUGGGGUGAGCGGCAGACAACCCAUCCAGGCAACCACUUGCAUAUGCCAAGUCUACACAAGGACACCACGCUAAUACAUAACGAAUACAUUAAAAAGAAAAUUAAAAGAAACAGAUUGUACACGUAUAAAAUUUUUAACAACCAAAUUGAGACUCUCCUAAAUUCGAAGGAACUAGCUGAAUGUAUUAAAAAGCAAAAGGAAAAUAAAAAAAAAAAAAAAAAAAGUCAGGAAGAAAAAAAAAAGGAAAACUUCAUAUACAUGCAAUCGCAGAGUGGCUGUCCAUUACUAAACAAGAAAAAUAGAAAAAAAAUUUGGGACGUACCUUUUACGUUUUCCCAAAAUAAAAACGAAAACGUCAUCGAAUCUGAUUGCAAUACCUACGAAGAUAGUGACUCUAGUGACAAUCUCUCCAUGUACAAUUACACGAAGGAAUUCUACGCAGACAGUCGCUUUAAUAUAAAUGAUUUGGUUUUUUUUUUAUUAAAUUCGUUUUACCUCUUCAUGCAUAUUCACAACAUUUAUUUUUCGUGCACCUACUUGAAUGUGCUCCUUUCCUACUCCAUCAAGCUGGUGUUUAAGUAUAGCGAUCGGUGUGUCGGUUCCCGAUUGGCGCGCCUCCUCCGUGGCCACUCGCCAGGUGAGAAGAGCAGCCACGGUGAGAACAGCGGCCAUGGUGAGAGUGGAAAAGGUGUGGCUUCCCCAAGUGUGCUACCCCUCUGUGUGCAUCUACACAUGAGUAUCCCCCUAUUUGUGACCCUUAACCACCCCCUCUCAGAUGUGCCAGCCAAUCCGAUUGACACAACUGAGGAUGCUACCCCACCUUUCGCGGCACACAACCGGGUGAAGAUCACCAGAAAGGGGUCCAUCAUACGCGUGAUGAAAUCGCUCAGGGAGGAAGGAGACAUACACAAAACAGUUAACCCACAGGAGGGAAGCGAACUGGAAAGGAUAAAAGAACUCUCCGAAAUGAUCAUUAGGAAGAAAAAAUUUUUUAAUAAAAAAAAAAAAAAAGAAAAAAACCUCAAUUGUAGCUUCUCUCCCUCGUCUAGCAAAUGUGAAAAUAAAACAGCCCUCCUCAUGAACACAUUUGACAUUAUUUUAAAUUCUUUCCUAGACUUGUGCAUUUCCCUGUGUAGUGUGGACUUUCAAUUUUUGAGUGACAGGAGGAAGCGACUGAACCGAGCUUACUUUUGCAAAUGCAUUUGUAGGUACCACCACAUGCUGAAUAGGCAAUAUGAAGAGUCCUCUCUGAGGAGGUUUAAUCGGGCCAAUUAUGACCACUCGGUGGAAGCCUACCUCUUCUACUUUGAUGAGCUGAAGAGGACAAGGCUGUUUUCGAAUCGGGUUGCUGGGGGGGGCGGCUCCCGCGCUGGGCACCCCCGGAGCAGACAUCUCGCCGCGGAUCGAAGCAACCACAGCGAUGGAAGCGACGGAAGUGAUGGAAGCGACGGAAGCGAUGGAAGCGACGGAAGCGAUGGAAGCGACGGAAGCGAUGGAAGCGGCCACAGUAUGUACUUCCCAAGGGAGAGCGCGCCAAACGGGAAGGAACACAAAAACGGUGGGCUAGCCCAACAGGUGAAGAAUGACGCGGGGAAAAGGCUCCCAAAUAAGAAAAUGGACGACUCGAUCUUCUCCCACAUGAUGAUGGCGCGGGGAGGAGGGAACACCGGAGGGAACACUUCAUCCUCGGUGAACUUAACGGAGGAAGAUCACCACGGGGAGGAUGUGCCGAUCGACCCAGUCAACACCAGCAGCGAUGGGAGCUUUCUCUUUUUAAAAAAAAUGAAAAAAAAAAUAAAAAAAAGAAUUUACCUAGACGAAAAUAACAUCAUAAAGAUGCUAACCAGUGUAGGUUGCAUCUUCAUGAACAACAUAAAAUAUAGUGUGGGAAUUACAAUCAAAAAUUUGAAGAGAGUAGCCAAAAAUGGCCCUUCAAAUCAGAGGGACCACUUCCUUAAUCACUUCAGCGGUAUGUUUUAUGGCCAGAAAAAAGGCUCCCACUUGGCCAGCAUAUACAAUCAGUACUUUGUGUCUUUUUUGUUCUUCUUCAAAAUGCACUACCUUUUUUUUUUAAUAAAAUAUAAAUGCGAAAAUGAGAUUUUCCUCAAGGCCUACUGGUUCCUCUAUGCGGUUUAUGCCGUCACGCAGGGGUGA